GGGAGCUCCCACCUGCUCCCGAGCGGCGCACUCGACGUGGGGCGCGGGCAGCGACGGCUCCAAGGCGCUGAGCGCAGGUGUCCUGGAACCCUAAUGGCAAACUUCAAGGGCCACGCACUCCCAGGGAGUUUCUUCUUAAUAGUUGGACUGUGGUGGUCAGUGAAGUACCCACUGAAGUACUUCCAGCAAAAGCAGAAAAACAGCCGACUGCAACAUUAUCAGCAACGUCUUGAGAUCAUUGAAGCAGCAAUCAGGACUUUGUUUUCGGUCAUUGGGAUCCUAGCAGAGCAGUUUGUUCCAGAUGGGCCCCACUUCCACCUAUACAAUGAAAACCACUGGAUAACGUUAAUGAACUGGCAGCACAGCACCAUGUACCUAUUCUUUGCAGUCUCGGGAAUCGUUGACAUGCUCACCUAUCUGGUCACCCAUGUUCCCUUGGGGUUGGACAGAUUGCUUCUAGCUGUGGCAGUAUUCACUGAAGGUUUUCUCUUCUACUACCACGUCCAUAACCGACCACCACUGGACCAGCACAUCCACUUGCUCCUGGUGUUUGUUUUAUUUGGAGGGGGUGUCAGUAUCUUCCUAGAGGUGAUCUUUCGAGACAAUAUUGUGCUGGAACUUUUCCGAACCAGCCUCGUUAUUCUUCAGGGAACCUGGUUCUGGCAGAUUGGGUUUGUGCUGUUCCCACCUUUUGGAACACCUGAAUGGGACCAGGCAGAUGAGACAAACAUCAUGUUCAUCACCAUGUGCUUCUGCUGGCACUACCUGGCUGCCCUCUGCAUCAUGGCCACCAACUACUCUCUUGUCUACUGCUUUUUGACUCGUAUGAAGAGACAUGGAGAAGGAGAGAUCAUUGGGAUUCAGAAGCUGAAGUCGGAUCACACUUACCAGACCGCCCUCCUGAGUGGCUCAGAUGAGGAAUGAGACUGGGCAGAGGGUGGACAUCCCCUGCACAGCUGGGGUGAAAGAAUGUCAUCCCCUCCACUUCAGUCCUUGCUGGCAUCUGCUCUUAAGGGUCUACAUUUCCACCUCCUCAUUUAAUACAAGGCUGAAGGUUCUAAGUCAGGAAAUUAGGCCUUCAGUGUUUUGUAUAUCUUGCUAUUUGGAUUUUUAAACAUAAUUUAACUUAAAGUCUGUGUUGGUGUAGUAUCUUUCAUAAAGAAAAAUGAAGUAAUACCCAUAGGCAGCAAGCCUUUGUGUCUCCAGUGAGAAUUCAGAGACCCUAAUAGCUUUAGAGCAGGAAAGGGCCUCAUGGAUGAAUCCAGGAUACGGACCCAGCAGGAAAACUUACUGCCUUUGAUAGCAUCCCCUUUUCUCUCAAGCAAGCAGGAAGCUUCUUAUCAGAAAGAUAUCAAAAUUUAAAUGAAUGACAAUAUGUUUAUUUUAGAGUUAAAAUUCAAACUUAGGUAUUUUUUAAGAGUAAAAUAAUUCACAAGGUUUGGUAUUUUUAAAAUAUUGUUAAACAUAUCCUAACUAAUCAUACCAGAGUACUGCAAUACCACCGUUGAUAAGUUACAAAAUUAGGCCAAAGAUGACUUUUUUUUUUAAUCAGGAAGCUAGUGAACUGCCCAGCUGAGAGCUGGAACUCUGAUGUUCUGACUCCUCAGAGUUACCCUAAUAAAGGAUCUGAUAGCAAAGUUGUAUAAUGAGGUAGAGAGAAAAAUGUCAGGUUUUGAAAGGCCUUCAAUUUUAAUAUAACUGAAAGUAAAGGAUACAAACUCUGCAAAGGAUAUGGAUUCUGAAUUAGUAAUAUAAAGUCUUGAUAUUCUA